GUUUCUUGAAUUUCAUUCUCUUCUUUAUAAUCGGAGUCGUUUUUGUUUUUCGACCUAAAAUUCGUUUAAAAUUUUCAUUACAUUCCGUCCUUAUGACAAUUUUCGACUAGAAAUCGCUCUAUUUUCGUGUGUAAUUUGACUUGCAAAUCUGUUCAAGGCAGUCUAAAUACCUCAAAAUUUGUGUAGACCCCCCCAGUUGCAGUUCAAGUGCCUCUUAAGCGCGUAUCAUAAAUCAAUACCUUCGAUAGUAGAAACAAAGUGAGUUCUUAUCGCAAAAUAACAGCGAUACAAAUGAUUUGAAUAUCACGCACAACAAAUGAUUCAAUCAAAGUGCUGGAUCGAAGUUCAAUUGACUAUAAUGUUUUGCUGCUAUGGGUUGUAUUUGGGUGCAUUUAUGGCAUGUGCCAUUGCAUGCUAUGUGUCAAACACCGUUCGUUACUAUCUAAAAAUGGCCACAUUUUUAUUUGGAUCCAUGUUGAUUGGUACAUUUCUGCCCAUUCCCUGGCUUAUCAUGCGGCCACGAGAUUAUCGAAAUGCUUUAUUACCGGCUUGGGGCUGUCGAUUGUUAUUACGAGCACUUGGUGUACGGUACGAAGUACGAGGUUUGGAGAAUAUUCAGCAAAAACACGGUGCAGUUAUUGUGAUAAAUCACCAAAGCGCAAUCGAUUUAACUGUGCUUGCAUAUUUGUGGCCCGUCAUCGGUCGUGCAACUGUUGUAGCGAAAAAGGAGUUGCUCUAUGCAUUCCCGUUCGGUUUAGCUGCAUAUUUAUGGGGCACUUUAUAUAUUGAUCGUGCCAACAAAACGGAUGCAAAACACAAAUUGAAUAAGGAAAUCCAAGCGAUACGUGAAAGUGCCAAAUUGCUAGUCUUUCCAGAAGGUACGCGUCAUCAAAGCGACACAUUGCUGCCAUUUAAAAAAGGCGCUUUUUAUACGGCGGUACAAAGUGGAAGCGCCAUUCAACCGGUUGUUGUAUCGAGAUAUUGGUUUCUCGACAGCCAACACAAAGUAUUUGGCAGAGGGCACAGCAUCAUUCAAAUUUUGCCGGAGAUUUCGUGUAAGGGUUUGGGAACAGACGACAUACCAGCACUCGUAGAAAACACCCGCCAGCUGAUGCAAGAAACGUAUGAAAAAUUGAAUGCCGAAACGUGUGCGAUGCACAAUAAAUGCGAAUGAAGGAGCAAAAAUGAAGGGAAUAAAGUAAAAAAGAAAAAAAAAUCGGAAUAACGGUGAAAAAUUUAAAAAAAAAUUCUAAAUAAAUGUAAAAAGGUACAAAACCAUCGUUUGAAUGUGAAUUUGGUUACAAAUUUCCUUUUAUCAGCAUUGGAAUCGACAUUUAUUAUUAUUGAAACUGAAAAGUAAAUUAAAAUGCCCUUUAACUUAGAAGAAUUUGUAACCGUUGCCCUUAAUCUGGCUUGUACAUUGGCUGUGUCGACCAUAAAAUUCGUUUCAAAUCAAAAUAAAACUGCUUUGAAAGAAUUUUCUGUAAGAAGAAA